UGAAUUUUUGAAACAGCUAAUAUACACACUAAAAGUUCCCCAGGUUGAAGGGGGUUCAAAUAUUUUUAUGAAAAUCCGUUGGUCUCAGAAGUUACUAUAUAUAAGAUUGAAUCUCAAUGAGCUAGUUACAAAUGUUCCUAUCUACAGCACUGCUAGUGAUGUUACCGGAGGAGGAUUGAGUUUCACAUUCAGGUGCUGGGCUACUAAAAAGAUAGCAGGAUCCACAAAGAAUGGGCGAGACUCGAAACCAAAGAAUCUUGGGGUGAAGAAGUUUGGUGGAGAGAGCGUGAUUCUUGGGAAUAUCAUUGUUCGCCAAAGAGGAACCCGCUUCCAUCUAGGAAACUAUGUCGGAAUGGGGAAGGAUCACACCCUCUAUGCUAUGAAGGAAGGUUGUGUCAAGUUUGAACGACAUAAGUUGAGUGGACGAAAGUGGGUGCAUGUUGAGCCCAAGGAAGGCCAUCUGCUCCACCCUGCCUACUCUUGUGAUCGAGCACCGGAUCAGAGUUAG